AUUCAUGGCCCAUGGAUUGCCUAUGAAUUCGUGUACGGAAACGCACUGGACGCUGCGCUUGUGAUGAGGAAAAAGGACGGCCUGCCGCCUUUGCCGCAUCGAUCGAACCUAGAAAUUAUAUACCAGGGGAAAAUGAUGCUAAAUCAGAUAGCAGCCGGGAUGCGCUACCUGGAAGACAAUGGGCUGUGUCAUCGGGAUCUUCGCGCAGCAAAUAUCCUUGUCUAUGUGCAGCACCAGUUCGCAAUGGCCAUCAAAAUCACCGACUACAUGUUGCCUUUGCAUAUUUUAGCUUAUCCGCCGCCAGAUUUGGAUUUACUCGAAUUACACUGGCGCUGGAUGGAUCCAGAGGCACUCGAAUGUCGUCGAUUCAGCAUAAAAACUGACGUGUGGGCAUUCGGUUGUGUUAUAUUUGAAAUACUGAAUCCUGGGAGGUUGCCUUACUCUCUGGAGAAAACCCAAAUCGAGGAUCCUAAAGGGUAUUUUUCAAACCUGUUUGUUUUUUUUUUCGUGACUGUCCACGUGCUUUGUUCAAAAAAUUAAUC